ACCGCAGUCUCACCACAUGACAGAGAAGUCCCUCAUCCGCUGACAUCAAAAGGACAAUCAAUCAACUUUGGACUCGUCUUAGUGCAUUGAAAAGUGUGCAUUGGAGAGCGCUGCUUUUUGGGAAAAUUGAAGAGCUCUGAUCUUCAUCAUAAACUGUCACUUCAAUUCCAACUGUUUUCAACAGGGUCACUUUUAAAUAGGCUAUAAGCUUCCUAACAAAACCGAGAAUGAAGGCCUUCAGUGUUGCAUUUGCAGUGGUGGUCGUCCUCGCAUGUAUGUUCAUCCUUGAAAGCACCGCUGUUCCUUUCUCCGAGGUGCGAACGGAGGAGGUUGGAAGCAUUGACAGUCCAGUUGGGGAACAUCAACAGCCUGGCAGCGAGUCCAUGCAUCUGCCGGAGCACUUCAGGUUCAAGCGUCAGAGCCACCUCUCCCUGUGCCGUUGGUGCUGCAACUGCUGUCACAACAAGGGCUGUGGCUUCUGCUGCAAAUUCUGAGGACCUGCCUGCACUAAAACCAUCUUAUUAACUUAUUGCCUUUAAUUUCCCCCAUAUUCUUCUACAUUUCCUUUGGACUCUGUGGAGAAGAUGCUAUCUCAUUGAUGUCUUUCUCACUGCACAACCUCAGUCUUGUACAUAAAUGUUUUGUAUCAUGUUGUAUAUCUAUUGUAUAGCCUAAUGACGCAGGAAAAAGACAUAGCCAAUUGAAAUAAGUGGGGAUUUUUAUUUUCUAUUGUGUAAAUUGUUUUGUACAUUUUCUAGUUUGUACAUGUUUGCAAUAUUUUCUUUCUAAGAUGUUGUUUUUGUAGCUAUGAUAAUGAUUUGUUAAAUGAUUUCUUACAGUGACACUUUAAAUAAUAUAUAAAUAAACACAUUAUUUGAAUAACAAA